AUGGGCAUCAUCGGAGGGUACCCGAAACGGCGCUUCGGCCGCUUCGGCCGCUUCGCCAAUGCAGCUGCAGUGGGCGUCUUUUUCCUAUUCUUGUGGAUAUUCCGUGAGCAGCUGGGCCUCGAUCGUGUCGGCAUGGAUUCGAGCAUGGUGCCAUGGAUUCCGCGAUUGGCCCAUCAGGACAUCUUUGACUUCGAGCCGGUCAAUUCAGAUGUCAUCCGGGGGGUUUGCGACAGGACAGAGUGGGAUGCAGGGAAGGCGAUGCAAGUUGUGUUCACAUGCGACAACAAUGUCGGUGGGAUUGGAAACAUCCGUAACUCGAUCUUGAACUGUGUGCGAUACACGAUGCUGGCUGGAGGCUCAUUGGUCAUGCCACGCAUCUUCAAGCGCAACGACUCGGACAUCUCUCACAUCCGGACGGGGCGGCGGCAGGAGAUGGAGUACCUCUUCGACAGGCAACACUUCAUCGACUCGCUGCACCUCUCGUGCCCACAGUUGCGCCUCUACAACGACACCGACGAGGUCUACGAAUCCCUUGGACCAGCGCGAACAUGGUCUCUCGGCCUCUUCCCAGAAUCCCUCGUCGAUGAGGAGCACAUCGCCAGCACGGGCAUCGAGCGCCCGCAAAAGUGGCGGUCGCAACUAUACCGGUGGCUGGAAGACAUCAACAACACCACCGACGCCGCGCCGACCGGACGCCUCACAGAGGGCCCGAUGAUGGUGGACCUCGGCCGGUCGUACCUCACGUACCCGAUCCACAGCGACGGCGAGGUCUUCGCAAACACCUUUGGCACCAUCCUGGAGUUCCGCGCGGAUGUCCGGCAGCUCGCGAGCGCCACGAUCCUCAGCAUCAACAAACGUUUCUUCGGCGCGCACUUGCGCACCGAGAAGGAUGCUCUAGACAACUGGAAUCCAGCGGACCCGACGUGGGAGUGGUCCGAGUACAGCAAGCAGACGAACGCGUUCUUUGACCAGGCGAGUCGGGCGGGUCUAUCAGUCAUGUACGUCGCGUCUGGAAAUGAGACACAGGUGGCAAUGCUCGAGGAAGACGCUGUGCCGCGCGGGGUGCGGGUCGUGACGAAGCAGGACCUGCUGACGGGGAAGAACCGCAAGAGGCUAGAUGCGUUGACGUGGGACCAGAAAGGAAUGAUUGACUUUCUGGUCAUGUUGGGAGCGGCGCAGUUUGGAGGCGUGGGACAUUCGAGUUUUGCAUGGAACGUCGCGCUGAAGAGGCAUCUCUUUUCCAAGGAGAUUCCCAAGGAGAAGGACUCGUUCUUGAAGGGGCCGCAGAUGCUCAGUGACGAUAUGAGUCAGAUUUAUGGCGUGCCGGGGAAAUAUCCCGACACUCUCCCCCGAUCACUCUUUUACACCACCCAUCACCCGGAUGCCAAGACGAAUGCCAAGAUGGAGGCUAUUCCGGACCCCAGAGAUCUCCCACCGGACCCACGCCUUCCGGGCCAACAGCUUCGAUAUUCCCGUGACAACAUCAUCACCUCUCUUGCGAAUUUCUACCAAAGUCUGCCGCACAUCGACCCCUCUCUAGUUCGUCGCGCGCCGUCGGGGGGUUGGCCAGAAAUUACCCCUGAGUCGCUCGCGGCCUCGGGAAUGACACAUCUGAACGAGCGAGUGGUAGACUUAAUCAAGCAUCUACCCUACAUUGAUGGCAACCCCCUUUGGAUCACUCCGGAAACGUUCCCCAUCAACUACCUUACCGCCGUGUCUUUGAUACCAGCCGUUGGAGUGUUCAAGCCCAAAUGGCUGCAUGCUCUGUCCCACGACCUUCAGUCGUUUGAAGACUUUCCAGCUUGGGUGAUCGCCCUCACUAUGAGUGUCAACAGGGACGGUGACAUAUGGAUACUGGACACGAUGGAUGGCACAGUGACCAAGUACAUCAUCACGGGCGCUGUUUACCCCGAACCGGCAGGGAGAUAUGAAAAGGGCGACCCUAGGAUGUGGAGAGAGACACUGUGCGAUGAUAUUACUCUUUCACUGGAAGCGUGGCUAGAAGAAAUCAUCGACAAGUACAAGACAUUUCAGUACUUUGGCCUUCCCCGUUAUGACCACCCAGGUGUCCUGUCGCAAGGCCACUGGGCCGAAGAAACAAAAGCACUUCGAGAAAUUGUGGUCGAAAAUGGGUGGCCAGAAGACUACAAUGGCGAGGAGGGCCGCAGGCAACUAGCGGAAUGGUUGAAGAAGGCAGCAAUCUAG